CACGACGAGCUCAUUUCUAGAGGGGGAGAACACAACGGCGGCGUGUACGCCAACCUCUUAAAUUGCAGGAAGUUGCUCACGAAACUGCCAUGAACAAUGCGAGGAAGAGUAGCGCGAGGCCUUCUAGUGCUAGGAACUCCCUGAGCUCCCCAAUCAUGACCAGGAACUCCUCCUACGGUCGCCUCUCCGAUUUCUCCACUUCUGACUUCACCUUCUCUCUGAAUGCUCCUCACCACCAGAAGAAACUCGCGUUCAAGGAACAAGCGAGUUCCUUCUGGAGGCUCGCAAAGAUGAACUCUCCCGAAUGGGUUUACGCUCUAGUGGGGUCCAUCGGCUCCGUCGUCUGCGGGUCCCUCACCGCACUAUUUGCAUACGUUCUCAGUGCUGUUCUCAGCGUGUACUACAACCCGGAAGACCACGCUUACAUGACUACACAGAUCUCAAAAUACUACUGCUACCUAAUGAUUGGCGUCUCCUCUGCUGCCCUGGUUUUCAACACGCUCCAGCAUUUCUUCUGGGACGUAGUUAGUGAAAACCUGACGAGGCGGGUCCGGGAGAAGAUGCUGGCCGCGGUGCUGAAAAAUGAGAUGGCGUGGUUUGACCGGGAAAAGAAUGAGAGUUGUAGGGUGGUGUCGAGGCUUGUGUUGGACGCGAGCAAUGUCCGGUCGGCGAUCGGGGACAGAAUCUCGCUCAUCAUGCAGAACUCCACCCUCAUGGUGGUUGCGUCCACGGUGGCGCCUAUCCCUGGUUCUGAUCGCGCCCAUGAGAAGGGGACGCAGCUCGCUGGAGAAGCGGUGGCGAAUGUCCGGACUGUUGCUGCUUUCAAUUCAGAAGCGGAAAUGGUGGUCCUUUAUGCUUCUAAUCUCCAGAGGCCGCUCCGGCGGUGCUUCUGGAAGGGACAGAUCGCCGGGAGUGGGUAUGGGUUAGCCCAAUUCUUACUCUAUGCUUCCUAUGCUCUUGGUCUCUGCGAAGCCGAGAUAAUCGAGGCGGCAACCUUGGCGAAUGCCCACAAGUUUGUGUCGGCGUUGCCGGACGGAUACAAAACAUUCGUUGGGGAGAAUGGGGUUCAACUCUCGGGAGGACAGAAGCAAUGGAUAGCCAUCGCACGUGCUUUCAUGAAGAAGAGGGCAGAGGUGGUUCUGUUGGACGAGGCAACGAGCGCGCUCGAUGCAGAGUCCGAACGGUGCAUGCAGGAGGCGUUAGACCGCGUGUGCGCGGGGAAGACAGCGAUCGUUGUUGCACACAGGUUGUCCACCGUCAGAAAUGCUCACGUCAUCGCGGUGAUUGAUGAGGGGAAGGUGGCGGAGCAGGGGUCCCACUCUCACCUGCUGAAGCAUCACUCCGACGGGGUUUACGCUCGGAUGAUUCAGCUACAACGGUUCAGUCAAGGUGAAGUCGCGAGUAUGGCAAAUAGCUCAACGUCUAGCCACGAGUAUGGCAACUAGCUCAACGUCUGCUCCUUCCUGCGGGGAGGAUAAUCAAGACUGAUAAUGGGAAGAAAAAGGGUGGAUAUUGAUUCAGGGCAUGGAGAUCAAAAUAUGAAAUCCAAGAAAUGUGGAGUAUUAUU